AUGAAGUUCACUCUCCUCACCCAGGCUGCUCUAGCCAUCUCUUCCAUCACUGGAGUUGUUGCCUCUCCUACUCCUGGUGCUGUCACUGACUCUGCACUUGACAAGCGCAGAGAUUGUUCGUUGACAAUCAAGUAUGACAAGGUCUUUGUUGAGGAUGGUAUGGAUAGAUAUCGCCAUUGGCUCAUCACCGAGCCCCGCGAAGACAAGCAUCUCCAAUUCUUCUGCGAGGCAACCUAUCAUGCCCAGUUCAUGUACAACAGACAAUGCUACUGGGGUGAUGAUGGAAAGUACUACGUUGAUGUGAGCGUGGCCAGAGGUCCUGCCGGUCAUAAAUACCUUAUGAGCGCAUACAACGGAGCGAGUGAAGACUAUGAAAGACUUACCCAAUGCCAUGCCAUCAGGGAGUUCUAG